GCCGGUCCCGCCGGGAGUGUGGGUGUGAGGGCGCCCGCCGCCCGGGCUCUUGUUCCUGCCUCUGCACCCGGUGGGUGCGUGGGCUCGGCUGUGAGGAGUGAUCGAAGUAUAAUGUCUCAGGAAGGUAGUUAUGGGAGAUGGACGAUAUCCAGUAGUGAUGAAAGUGAGGAGGAAAAGCCCAACCUGGACAAGCCGUCUACCUCUCUUCUCCAGCCUGGGCAGGAAGCAGCAUGUGAGCCAAGCUACACCUGCUCCGAGGCUCGGAAAGCUGCCCACAGGAGGAAAAUGUCACCCGUGAAAUUCAGCAACACAGAUGCCAUUUCAGAAGUUUUACCUCCCAAGAGGCAGAAGAGUGGUUCCCAGGAAGAGCUGGGUUGGUGUCUCUCCAGCAGUGACGACGAGUUGCCACCAGAGACGCAACAGAAGGCAGCUAAGAAAGUGGCUGUCAAAGAGGAGAAAGGCGUCUCCCCUCCCAAAGAUGGUGCUGCCCUGAGAGCUGGAAGUCACAGCCCCCCUGCCCACCACGUGCGCACGGAGGAUGGAGACGAGUAUGAAACGUCAGGGGAAGGCCAGGACAUUUGGGACAUGCUGGUUAAAGGGAACCCCUUCCAAUUCUACCUCACUAGAGUCUCAGGAAUUAAGCCGAAGUAUAACUCCGGAGCCCUCCACAUCAAGGAUAUUUUAUCUCCUCUCUUUGGGACACUUGUAUCUUCUGCACAGUUUAACUACUGCUUUGAUGUGCACUGGCUCGUAAGACAGUAUCCACCAGAGUUCAGGAAGAAACCAAUCCUGCUUGUGCAUGGCGAUAAACGAGAAGCUAAGGCUCACUUACAUGCCGAGGCAAAGCCCUAUGAAAAUAUUUCCCUCUGCCAGGCAAAGUUGGAUAUUGCAUUUGGAACACACCACACGAAAAUGAUGCUCCUGCUGUACGCGGAAGGACUGCGCGUCGUCAUUCACACCUCCAACCUCAUCCGCGAGGACUGGCACCAGAAAACGCAAGGAAUAUGGCUGAGUCCGUUGUACCCACGAAUGACCCAGGGGACCCACAGAUCUGGAGAAUCGACAACACAUUUCAAAGCUGAUCUCAUCAGCUACCUGAUGGCUUACAACGCUCCUCCUCUCCAGGAGUGGAUAGACAUCAUCCACGACCACGAUCUCUCUGAAACAAAUGUUUACCUCAUUGGAUCAACCCCGGGACGCUUUCAAGGAAAUCAGAAAGAUAACUGGGGACACUUUAGGCUUCGGAAGCUCCUGAAAGAACAUGCCUCCUCCAUACCUAAGGCAGAGUCUUGGCCCAUCGUGGGCCAGUUUUCAAGCAUCGGCUCCAUGGGGCCUGACGAAUCCAAAUGGUUGUGUUCUGAGUUCAAAGAGACCUUAGUGACCCUGGGGAAGGAAAGCAGGGCCCCAGGGAAAAGUGCCGCUCCCCUCCAUCUGAUCUAUCCUUCUGUGGAAAAUGUGCGGACCAGCUUAGAAGGGUAUCCAGAUUGGCUGUCUAGACAAGACAUCCAAAUAAAACCAGCUUCCUCCGCUGCUCGAGCUGUGCCUCUUCAGAGUGGUGGUAACUUUCCUUGCUCUGAUCUCUCUCCCCCUCCACAUCGUCCCUGCCUGUGUCUAUGGCCCUGUGUGGUUGUUUGAAACAUGAAUCCUGGAUACAGAUCUAUUUAAGGUUCGGAACUUACAUUUAAUAUUGAGAUGAAACUUUGGUAUAGCCUGGUCUAUACACCUAGCCUCUCAAGGGCUUCAUCCAUAAAUGCCUAGGAUUAUUUUGUAGACAUCGCCUCUGUUUCUCUUAUACCAGUGCUGGACACCUAAACUUUUAUUCGAAAUUCAGCAGUGCCCCAAAUAUUUCCUUUGGGAGGUAAUAACCAAAAACCUAAACAGUGUAUGCCUCUGGAAAAUAAGUCUAGCUGGCAUUUGCUUAUGGCUGGAAGCAGAAUUUUCUGAAUUUAGAUUAAUUUAGUCCACUUAGUGCUCAUCAAGCUAGAUGUGAGCCUUCCUGAAAAAUCUCAGUAGGGUUUGGGGUGUUUUAGUCUGUUGCUUUUUAAUGGCAGGGCUAAAAUUAUUUCACUGAGACUCGGAGACCUGGUGGUUGUGGUUUGUUUUCGUCUUCUUCCUGCACUUCUGAUAGGCUAGGUCCAUUGAAAGCAUACUUUCUAACAGAGAAGAACAUGGUAUUUUCAGGAAAACUAUCUUAUAACUGGUCCCAGAACCCUGAACAUGUUUUUAGUAAUUUGCGGUAGGGGAUGCAGCACGCUGCCUUUGGUACGCUGAAGAAAUGUAAAGCCCUCCUUGGGUAGAGAUUGCUAUGGAGAAGUUCCAACCCGUGUUCGGAAAGUGAUUGGUGAAUCUACACUGGAACUUUCCUCUGUUCAGAGAUGAACAAAAAAUUGGCUUCUAAUUGUGUUUCCACUCGGUACCAUACGUUUAUUUUCUUUGCAGGAAUAUGGCUUUUAGAAUUCCUUUUUUAAAACUGAACUGUUUAUUUUAGUGAUCACUGUCCCAUUUGUAAGGAUCCGUUUCGCUAGUACAAGGUGUGUUUAGGAGCAGCAGAGUAGCGAGUGAAGGAGGCAGGAACCGAGUUCUGGGAGUUAUCCUAGUCUGCCCCAGUGCCCCGGCCUUGGGCCAAACAGAGGUGCCACACCUCAUCUCGCAAAUCAGGGCUGAGGAUGUCUCGCCUGCAUGAGGACAGCAGGAUGGGCAGGAUUCUUUCUAACACUUCAAGUCUGUGCUGAUGCAGAUAUUAAAUUACCACCCCGAGUGAUCAAAUACCUUUUCCUUUGCAGGUACUAAACAUUUACAUUUAAUAUGCAUCCCUAAGGAAGUAAGCCCCACUGAGAGAACAUACCUAGUGCAAGUGUAGACAUUUUUUUUCAAAGAACUAUUUUUUAUAAGAUGAGAUAAUGGAAAUAGUUUUGUUUUUUCCUUUAACCUUCCCACUGUUGUUUACUAUAGAGUUUUUUCUUAAUGAAGGGUCCUCAAAUUAUAUUCCAUAAGUUUUAUUGUUUUUGUU